GAAGGGACCAGAGCCAAUAUGCUGCAGAACCUGCUGGCUCUUCGGCAAAUUUCCCAGAGGACCAUAAGCACUGCUUCACACAGACAAGUCGCAAACAGAGUUCCAAAGAAGCAGAAGCUUUCUCAGGAGGAUAAUGGAAUGCCAGUGCAUCUUAAGGGUGGACUAGCAGAUAGUUUGCUGUAUAGAACCACCAUGGCUCUAACAGUUGGAACAUGCUAUGCUGUUUAUGAGCUGUUUGUAGCUGCAAUGCCCAAGAAAGUGAAAUGAUUU